CGCAUUUUCAUACGAGCGCGACAAGUCGUUGUAUUUAGAGGAAAAUCACAAUCUCUCUCUCUCUCUCUCUUUCUCUCUCUCUCUGCAAUUCGCCAAUUGCUUUCGUGGGUUCGGCGGAGCUGUGAAUUACUGAUCCCGUGCGGGCGAAUCCGGCGUACAUGCGGCGAGGUAACGUUAGCCUGAAGUAAUCCGUUCUUGGUUGUCGUCGAGGUUUCGGAGCUUUCGUGGUGGUUCGGCUUCAGAUCUGUUGAUGCUUGAUUCUUUAUUUUCGUGUUACUGUUUGGGAGAGAGAAUCGAGGCUUCUUCUUCUUCUUCUUCUUCUUGAAAUCUUGGGAUGGUGACAGAAUUCGAAGUUUAGGGCUUGGCUUGGGUGUGUGAGUGGGCCUCAUGGAGGAGAGUAGUAGAAGAUCUGCGGAGCGGUCGGGGAUAGUGUUGAAGAAGAGGAGCUCCUCGGGCUGCUUGAUCGUGAGGAAGAAAGGGGGGGAUGGGGUUGGUGGGGUUGGUUCCUCGCGGAGGAAGAGGCCUAGAUUGGUCACGAGCGAUUCGGGGUCGAGCGACGAGCUCUCCUUGGCCCGGCCUCGCAGGGUGCCGGUAGGUGCUGAGACGAUUCGAGUGUGCAAUGGCUUGACUGGUCCGAGGAAGAGAGUUUCCGAAGUGAGCGUUGGUGUUGGCCGAAAUGGGGAGGCAAAUAGGAUGAGAAGUAGGUUAGAUGUGUUUGAGUUCGAUGAGUAUGAUGGGAUUGAUGGGGAGGGGAUGGGGGGCAGACGGUUUGAUGAUGGUGGGGUCGAGUCCUCAGGGAGAAGGUUCCUGGGCUCACCUCCCAUUGCUCGAAGCGGUGGUAAUAGGGACUUCGCCAGUAGUUCGAGCAGGCAGACUGUUGUUGAGAGGAGAAAGAAUGUGUAUAUCGAUGAGACUAGUAGUUUCGGUAGGGAAGAUGGUGUAGGUAAAAAUAGGUUUCAGGUCAAGCGGGAAGGCGGUCGAAUUCCUAUACAAAUGUUGAGAGAAAAAUAUGGUGGUCGUCCAGACGAAGCCAUAAGGGUUCAGGGUAAGAAUGGAGUUUUGAAGGUGCUGGUUAACCCGAAGAAAAAAGUAGGUGGGCCUGUGAGAAAUCUUGAUCAGUGGGAUGAGCGUCGGAAAGUUUCUGUGGGGGAAGGCAGGAAAGGCAUCUCUGAAGAUACUACUCAUAAUGUCAUAUCCCGUCCUACAGCAUUUGCUGAGAUUAGAAGGCAUGAGAUGCGGAAUCCGACGAUGAAGAUAGAGAAAAAUAAGCUGAAUGUGCAGAAACCUGUGUCUUCUAAGAUCAAUAAGCCUGAUGACUGGGAGUCAGGGCACAGUGAUAUAUCUCCAACACCAUCACGGAGGAAUGCAGAUAUACGAGAAUCAGUUACGAGAGUCCGUGAAAAACAAGAAUCCCCACAAUCUAAAAUAGGCCAUGACAGAGAGAAAUCCCCACAUUUGAAAAUUGGCCGCAGAAAGGGAAAACCCCGGCAAGCUAAAAUGAUCCGUGAAAAAGAAAAAUCCUCCCAGUCUAAAAUGGUUGCACGGGCCAAGUCACCUGAAACACCUGUUCCGGAUGGACCCAAAGAAGGAAAAGUGAAGCGUGGCAGUGGCACGGAGAAGCAAAAACUCAGAGAACGUAUAAGAGAGAUGCUACUGAAUGCAGGGUGGACAAUUGAUUAUAGACCUAGAAGGAAUAGAGACUAUCUAGAUGCUGUCUAUAUUAACCCCACAGGGACAGCUUACUGGUCUAUUAUUAAAGCAUAUGAUGCACUUCAAAAGCAACUCAAGGAUGACAGUGAUGAGGGAAAAGCAAGUGGGGAGCGGUCUGCUUUUCUUAUAUCAGAUGAGACUCUUGGCCAACUAACAAGGAAGACCCAGAAGAAGAUGGAGAAAGAAAUGAAGAUGAAAGAAAGAGAAGGCACUGGAAGUGCCAAUGCAAGACAAGCUGCUAUUAAGAGAAAUUCAAAGCCAAAGAAUGAAGAAGAUAGCAUGGACAGCGAUAGCGAGGAAGAAAAGUUAAGCUCCUUCAUAAAGCAGGGGGGUAAGUCAUCAAAGAAAGGUGCUGUUCAUCAUAUGCACAGCAGUAUUGAGAAAGGCACCUCUGACUCCAAUUUUCACCAAGUGCACGGAAGAAAGGGCAGAAAACUAGGCAGGUGUACUUUACUGGUCCGCAGUUCUGACAAGGGGCUGAACUCAGAGAGUGAUGGUUUCAUCCCUUAUACUGGUAAAAGAACCCUGCUUUCAUGGCUGAUCGAUUCUGGGGUUGUGGAGCUGAGCCAGAAAGUGCAGUAUAUGAACCGUCGAAAAACACGAGUGCUAUUGGAGGGAUGGGUCACAAGAGAUGGCAUCCAUUGUGGUUGCUGUAGCAAGAUCCUCCCUUUGUCAAAGUUUGAGAUCCAUGCAGGCAGCAAACUCCGCCAGCCAUUUCAGAACAUACAUCUGGAUUCUGGUGUCUCCCUUUUGCAGUGCCAGAUUGAUGCAUGGAAUAAACAACAGGAGUCUGUACGUGGGGGAUUCCAUUCUGUGGACACUGAUGGUGAUGAUCCAAAUGACGAUACGUGCGGCCUUUGUGGAGAUGGUGGUGAUUUGAUAUGUUGUGAUGGUUGUCCAUCGACCUUCCAUCAAAGCUGCUUAAACAUACAGAAGCUUCCUCCUGGGGACUGGCAUUGUCCUAACUGCACAUGCAAAUAUUGUGGAGUAGCGAGUGAAUGUACUUCGCAUGUUGAUAACACAACUGUCAGUGAAAUCUUUGCGUGCAACCUGUGCGAGAAAAAAUAUCACAAAUCAUGUCUUGAGGAAACAGAUGGUUUUCCUUUGGACUCCGAUAGCACAGGUCAUUCUUUUUGCAGUCAGAAAUGUGGAGAGCUCUUUGAACAUCUUCAGAAGUAUCUUGGGGUCAAACAGGAAAUAGAAGGUGGAUUUUCAUGGUCUCUCAUUCAUAGGACAGAGGCAGAUUCAGAUAUGCCUCUUCGAGGGCUUCAUCAGAGAGUGGAAUGCAACUCCAAGCUAGCUGUGGCGCUUACAAUAAUGGAUGAAUGCUUUUUGCCUAUUGUUGACAGGAGAAGUGGGAUAAAUAUGAUUCACAAUGUUCUCUAUAGCUGUGGAUCAAACUUCAAUAGGAUUAACUAUAGUGGAUUCUACACUGCUAUAUUGGAGAGGGGUGACGAAAUUAUCUCCGCUGCAUCGCUCAGGUUUCAUGGGACCCAGCUAGCAGAGAUGCCUUUCAUUGGGACGCGACAUAUUUAUAGGCGUCAGGGGAUGUGCCGUAGACUAUUUUCUGCCAUUGAGUCGGCUCUGCAUUCGCUCAAAGUUGAGAUGCUGAUUAUCCCUGCUAUAUCUGAACUCAUGCACACCUGGACUGUUACCUUUGGUUUCUCUCCUCUUAAGGAGUCAUUGAAGCAGUACAUGAGGUCCUUGAAUAUGUUAGUAUUCCCCGGUUUAGACAUGUUGCAGAAGCUGCUUCUUGGACAAGAUACUGCCAGGGGCUCAAGAGAUGCCAAACCCAUGGAACUGGAAAUGGACAGGCAAGUUACUACCCCUGAACCUGAUGAUAUUUGCCAGCAUGACAAUCCUGGUGAGCAUUCUGGUAAGGAGGGUGAUGAUAUCAUGGACUGCGAUCCAAAGUCUCAGGAUGUUUCCCUGGGUGAUGCUUCAACAGGGAAUGGCUCGUCUCACGAUGCUUCAGAUGAUAUGGAACUCCAAGUUUCCAGUGAAAGGCUUAAAGAUUCUGACCCUGAUUUGGCUGACAAGUCUGCUGAAUCUGAUGUAGAUCAUAUCUGUUCUGCUCCAUCUAAUGCUGAGGUAGAAGCUUCUAAGGUGGAAGACAAAUCAAUGCCAGUCUUGCCAUUUCAAGUUGGUGUUCAAUCCACUACCGAAGAUGGUUAUACAGAUGAUUCCCCAGAAGCUGAAGCUGGUGUUGCAUGUAAGAAUUUUGCUAGUAAUUCAGAAGUAAAACAUGUGAAGAUUCUUGAGGGGAUCAAUGGAACUCCAGAUGCUGCUUCUAUUUGCGAUUCUUUUGCCAUAAACAGAAGUCAGAUGUGUCCCCUGCUUUCUGAUGUCAGCCAUAACAAAUCUAGGAUGGAUGACAAGUCAAUCUCGGAUUCCUGUGUUGCAGGUGAUUUUCAUAAUUCAGGUUGUCUAACCAACGCCAAUGAGGAAAAAAGGGAUAUUUCAGCAGUGAAUGCAACUGAGGGUGCAGAUGGCAAAUCAAGAGAUGCUCCUAGUAUUCACCAGUCCGAGGAAAAUCUGAUAUUGGUAAAUUCAAAUGCAGAUGACCAAAUCAGUUAUGGAAAGGAAAACGUGAUUGAGUUCAAUAGUCACGAGGACGUACUUUCUCAUGCGGAUGUGGAAGUAGAAAAUAAGUCAUUGUUGAGUUUUCCAUCUGAAGGCGAGUCUUUGAAUGAGACUCACUGGGAUUCUUGCAGUGGAAACAGUCGGUAUGACAAUGCUGAUGCGGAUGUCAAGGUUACACUAGUUGAGCCUAUUGCAACUUCAGAGGAAAAGCAGGAGACUAUCGAAAUCUGGGAGGAGGAGAAUGCAGAAGAUGCUCCGGUCUCUACUGUGGUUUCAAUUCAAGCGUCAGAGGAAGCAGAGGACUUCAGGAAAGAUCUAACCGUGGAGGAGAGUUGUCAAGAUGCUUCUGUAUCUGAUGGGAAUUCAGUGCAGAUCAACUUUGAACCAAGUUGCCCAACUACAGUGGGAGACGAGAACAAAUCAGUUGAAACCAUUUAGCACCAGACACAGCUUAGUAGAAGCUAUUUUUCCGUGUGAUUGAAGCGGCAAUGUUCUGCAUUUGGGAACUGGAUCCUCUUUGAUUUAAUUUCAAAUCUGAUUCAGAGCUAUCCUUAAGAUAUUCGAGGGGUGAUCACAAUGCCACAUGCUGGAUUUGCUUCUGAUACUGGAUGUUAUUGACAGUCUCACUGGCCUACAGUGUCAGUGCAAAUAGGAAAUAGCACCCUGGAUUUGGUGAAAUACAUGGUGUUACAACAUGAGAACAUACUGCACCAUUGCAAAUUCUUGCUAUUCUCUCGGUAUGCAUCUGUCACUGGUUCUGGAAGUUUCAUUAAUGAAGACAAUUUUGUCUGGGAAUCUGACAAAGUAGGUUUAAAGGUUUGGUUUGCCCGGUUAGUACAGCCAUUCUACUGUUCAUGCUAGUGACUGUUAAAGCAGAAUCAUCUCUCCCAAAAGGGAAUUAGCCGUCGCAGUAAAAUGAUAAUAUUGAUGGACACAGUGCUUUCAGUAGAUAUAUAGGAUAUGUGGUCUGGCUUCCUCAUUGUGUAUAUAUCCUAAUCUUUUAGCUGCUUUUUUCCUGUAUUAUUGCCUUACGAGAUUCAAUACGACCCUCGUUGCCCAGCAUUUCCUACAUAAUAUUUGCAAUCAGAACUGCUCCAGUUGCCUGCCAUUUGGUGCCUUGGGUUUAUCUCAGUCUGGCGUAAUCAUUAUUCCUGAUUUGGCAAGAAAGACAAGUUUAUGGUAAUCAUCUGUUCUGCAGAGCGCAACUACAUUGGAUUCGAGUGAUUUUAACUCCCACAGCGAAGGUCAAGUUUCCCUUUUCAGUUUUUAGUGCAUAUAGUUUUGACUCUACAAUCAGGAUUCAGAAUACGCUUUAGCGCAGGAUCUAAUUGUGAGGUUGCUUUGAUUGAAUGAUGAGUGACCCAUUUGUGUAGACUGUAAAACAGUUUAUUUUUGUUUGUCACGUCAGUUAGGUUUGUCUGUCUCUCUCAAUUUUCGGUAGUUGGUUUUGAUUCUGAUCGGAGUGUACUCCUUGAAAUGGUUCUUUGAUUGUA